GAGAGCGGUGGUGGUGGGUGGUUGGUGGCAGCAGAGGCAGUGGCAGUGGUGGCAGAGGGAGAGGGGCAGCAGCAAUGCUCAGCGAUGGUGGCCGUAGAGGGGGUUUGCCCUUGUGUUCUCUUUUUCUUCUGUACUUGUUCUUGCUUGUGCUCUUCUUUCUUCUGGCCUGGCGCCUCCCUUGGGUCCUCACAGCACCCAGUGAAUUGUUUGACACCUGUUCAUCAACAUAACAAUGAUUUCCGCUAGAUCCAUCAAAGCUGCUGCUAAGCAAGCCUUAGCUGUCAAUGCUAGAAUUGUCCCAAGACUUGCAAGACCAUUAGCUGCAAGAACCUAUGCUUCUGCUAAGGCACAACCAACCGAGGUCUCCUCCAUCUUAGAAUCCAAGAUCAGAGGUGUCUCCGAAGAAGCUAACUUGGACGAAACCGGAAGAGUUUUAGCUGUCGGUGAUGGUAUUGCCAGAGUUUUCGGUUUGAACAACUGUCAAGCUGAAGAAUUGGUCGAAUUCGCCUCCGGUGUUAAGGGUAUGGCUUUGAACUUGGAACCAGGGCAAGUCGGUAUUGUCUUGUUCGGUUCUGACAGAGAAGUCGUUGAAGGUGAAAUCGUCAAGAGAACUGGUAAGAUUGUUGAUGUCCCAGUUGGUCCAGCUAUGUUGGGUAGAGUUGUUGACGCUUUGGGUGCCCCAAUCGAUGGUAAGGGACCAAUCGAGGCUGUUGCCACUUCCAGAGCUCAAUUGAAGGCUCCAGGUAUUUUGCCAAGAAUGUCCGUUUUUGAACCAAUGCAAACCGGUUUGAAGGCUGUCGAUGCUUUGGUCCCAGUCGGUAGAGGUCAAAGAGAGUUGAUUAUUGGUGAUAGACAAACCGGUAAGACCGCUGUCGCUAUAGACACCAUCUUGAACCAAAAGAGAUGGAACGACGGUGCUGACGAAUCCAAGAAGUUAUACUGUGUUUACGUUGCUGUUGGUCAAAAGAGAUCCACUGUUGCUCAAUUGGUCCAAACCUUAGAACAACAUGAUGCUAUGAAGUACUCCAUCAUUGUUGCUGCAACUGCAUCUGAAGCUGCUCCAUUACAAUACUUGGCUCCUUUCACUGCUUGUGCCAUUUCCGAAUGGUUCAGAGACAACGGUAAGCACGCUUUGAUUAUCUACGAUGAUUUAUCCAAGCAAGCCGUUGCUUACAGACAAUUGUCCUUAUUAUUGAGAAGACCACCAGGAAGAGAAGCUUACCCAGGUGAUGUUUUCUACUUACAUUCCAGAUUAUUAGAAAGAGCUGCUAAGAUGUCUGUCGCUCACGGUGGUGGUUCUUUGACCGCUUUACCUGUCAUUGAAACCCAAGGUGGUGAUGUCUCUGCUUAUAUUCCAACCAACGUUAUUUCCAUUACUGAUGGUCAAAUUUUCUUGGAAGCUGAAUUAUUCUACAAGGGUAUCAGACCAGCUAUUAACGUCGGUUUGUCCGUUUCCAGAGUCGGUUCCGCUGCUCAAGUUAAGGCUAUGAAGCAAGUUGCAGGUUCUUUGAAAUUGUUCUUAGCCCAAUACAGAGAAGUCGCCGCUUUCGCUCAAUUCGGUUCCGAUUUAGAUGCUUCCACCAAGCAAACUUUGACCAGAGGUGAAAGAUUGACUCUAUUAUUAAAACAAAAACAAUACUCCCCAUUGGCUGCUGAAGAACAAGUUCCAGUUAUUUACGCAGGUGUCAACGGUUUCUUAGAUAAAUUACCAUUAGACAAGAUUGGUAAAUUCGAAGUUGAUUUCUUAGCUUACUUGAAGGCUAACGAAACCGAAAUCUUGGAUGCUAUCAAGACCAAGGGUCAAUUAUCCAAGGAAGAAUUGGGUAAAUUAAAGACUGCAACCGAGAACUUCGUUGCCACUUUCUAAAAAAAAUAAUGAAACGUUUAUGUUAAGCUAGUAUACUGUUUUUUUUAUUAAAAAUUAUUUAUUCCAUAUUUAUAUUUAUUUUAUGAUGAAAUGAUAAGAAGUUGAUACUUCUUUUCACUGUUGAAGCUGAAGAAAAAUAUCACUUUAUUUAUUUAUAUUUAUAUUCUUAUAUUCUUUUGACUUUUCUCUAUUUAGAUGCAAAGAAUUUCAAUUGAAGCAACAUUUUCAACUGUUUCUCACAUCUGAAGCUGAACCAGCUAUUGAGCCAAACUUACGACUUGUUAUCCAUCUCUUCUUAUUUAUUCAUCUAUAUUUUACACUUUCCGAUUAAUAUAGAG